AUGAAGGUGCUGCAAAUCAUCGUGGAGCUACUGAUUGUUGCCGCUUGCAUCAAUGCAGGUCUCGCUGCCCCAGUACCUUCAACGCAACCUCGGCAGACGUUCCAACCGCGCUUAUUCUCAGAUGAGUCUGGCGAGUCGCAUCGCCGUGCUUUCAUCACCAAAGAGGCUGCACAUGUCGACAGACGCGCGGAAACGCGGGCCGGCGUUGCCAACGUCAAGGAGCAUCUAAAACUGAAGGACCACUCGUUCCGUAUCGCAGACGUAGGACAGCUUUUACCCCGCUUCAGGCCCAGACAUUCGGCAGGCCAGUUGCACCCGCCCAAGCCUCGCAACAGCCUCGCGACGCUCUUCUCUAGCGACCACAUCCUGUCCAGGCGCGAAGAGGAGAUCGAUGCGCGCUUCGGAAGCAUCUUCGGCUACGGCCCCAUCACACUUUGCAGGAAAUCCUUGUGGACGCUGUUUUGGCGUCGUAGCAAACACAAAACAGAAGAAGAGGAGGCGGAAGAGGAAGCGCACGACAAGUGCCUCAUACACUUGCCUCUGUUUGGGGAGCCCAAGAAAUCGUCUCACCAUCCGGACAAGCGUGGGCGAAAGUCGGAUGACGAUCCGAAGUCGUCCACCUCUUCGACUAGUUCCAACAGUACUCAUCUGGCUGUACACCCUACAAAAUCGCCUCAUCAUCCCGACAAGCGUGGGCAGAUGUCCGAUGAUGAUCGCAAAUCGCCCACAUCUUCCACCAAACCCAACGGUGCUCAUCUGGCGCCGCGUCCGCGUAGCUCUCUUCGACGUCGCGCGCUGACCACGACCGAAAGAUUGCCCCAGGACCGCACUCAGGUCUCGACAGAAGCGAGCGCCGUGUUCUCCUCGGAUGCGGCAUCAUUCGCUCUUUGGCUUGCACAUUUCGGAUGGAUAGCCUUGCCCGAUGCGCUGGAGCAAACGCCUAUCGAGUUAUUCGGUGCGGAUGUCAACCCAGGUCCUGCCUCCUCCUUCCGGGUCCCUAGAGCUGGCUUGUGGCGCCGUGCCCUCACUAGGAUUGAGAAGGCCAAAGUGGUUGCCUCUGAGCGACGUGAAGUCACUCUUGCGAAACGGUCACUCUCCAGUGCAGCGUCGAUGGCUCGCACCACGCUGAACGAGGUCGCACGUGCCAUUUCCGCGCUCAGUACACGUUCGCCGAGAUGGCGUGCCUCCCACCUUUCCGGCGGCGUUUCCUGCGGACAUAACCUGGGCUUCGGUCCGCAGCACCGCUCAAGAGCAGUCUCUUUUCUCACAAGCAAGUUUAGCCUUCCAGACGGCACUUGGAUGUGUCGUCGCAAUCUCGGACUCCUCCCUCGCGGCGAGGAGGAUGCCCUUGCUCGACGUUCCACACCUCUGGCACACGACCUGAGCGAAGCUCAUACACACAAUCGCGACGGCUCUUUGGCGCAAAGUUCCGCAAGUGGACGUCGCGAUGUCAAACUUUCCGAAAGUGUAGAAAACGAUCUCGCAGGGCGCGAUCAUGGAGCACUCACUGACGUCGACCGUCGCCGCGCCGACUUCACGAGCACAGGUGAAGAGGUCGCCUCAGGCAAACACGAAUCGAUGGGAAAGUCGCGGCAAGAUUCGGAUUGGGAAAUGCCAGAUUCUUCAUUCUGGCGUCGCGCCCUGAGCAUUAUCGAGCAAGGCUCGGAUCUUGGCCAGCGUUGGAGCAAGGCGGUGCUCAGCAGCUCGAAUCGUGGAGCUGGCUAUGGGUCAGAGCAGCUCGAAUCAUCGGACUUACUCUUUGACGCUAGGCAGAGCUGGACGGUCGAAGUUGACACCACGCUCGAGCUCGGCGCUUCCCUCGAUGGGAAAGUGUGGAGGAUCAUGGCAGAUCUGUUUCAGGCGCUCGAGCACCGAUGGGAUGACAUCAAGCUUUUUGCGAGGGCCAAAACUCUUUCUCGUCUUCCACCCUUGGGCGUUCUUCGCGGUAAGAACAAGAAGCCGAAGCACGGCGUUGUUGCCAACAUUUUUGGAGUCCCUUUGGGCGAUUGGCCUAGUCUGGUCCACAGAAGCCGCCAAGAUGCCUGA